CGGCUCGUCAUCUUCACGUCCCACACCCAGCGGCAGCAAUACUCUCCAAGUCCCAGGCGCAUCCUCACAGCACAAUGGCAUCCCCGCCGCAUCACGACGAUCAAUGGAGGACGAGAACCGUCCACUGCCCAAAGGUUGGAUCCGGUCAUUCGAUCCACAUACACACCAUCAAUUCUUCGUCGACACCACCAAAGACCCGCCUCGCAGCAUCUGGGUCCACCCAUAUGACGACGACCAAUACCUCUCCACCUUGUCGUCGGAAGACCGCGAGCGCAUAGAACAAGAAAGCAUGGGCCGCGGUCACCCGCCCAGUAAGCAAGACAUGAUCGCGCACCUGACCGACGAUGAAGAAGAAGACGACGACCAACGUCACGCAGGGGGCGCGUCCUCAUCCUCCACCUCCAAACCCCACGCCUCCGUAGAACUGCCUCCCCGCCCCACGGACCAGGACAAGGACAAGGGCAAACAAGGCUUCGGCCGCAAACUUAAAGACAAAGUCACCGGCACCACGCACGAGCAGCGCGUGCAAGAACGCGAGCGUCGCGCCGCCGAGGAGCAGAGAAUGUACGAGCAGCAUCAACGCAUACGCCGCGCCAUGGCCGAGGCACAACGGACGGGACAGCCGCAACUCCUCGGCAAGGACAAAGACGGCAAGGAUGUCUACAUCGAGCCGCCCGCGUAUCAAGGAGGUUAUGGAGGGUAUCCGGGCGGGUAUGGGUAUAAUCCGUAUGGGAGUGGUGGAGUGUACACGACACCCAACGCGCGCUACAUCCGCCCCGCAGACCCGUACUCGAGACCGUAUGGAUAUGGCUA